ACGUCACGAGAAGGCGGCCAUUUAUAGAAAAGCAAAGAUCGUCUCAAAUUCCACAGCGUUGCUUUCUUUAAGAACAACGAAGACAAACAGCAAAAAAGGAAAAUGGAGAACCAGCUUUGUAAACUCUUUGUCGGCGGCUUGAACGUCCAGACCACAGAUGACGGUCUUCGCCAGCAUUUUGAGCAGUACGGGGAGCUGACCGACUGCGUUGUUGUCCAAAACCAGCAGCUCCAGCGCUCCCGUUGUUUUGGGUUUGUGACCUACUCGACUGCGGAGGAGGCUGAUGCGGCAAUGGCGGGCAGGCCUCACACUGUAGACGGCAACAACGUGGAGCUGAAGAGAGCCGUGGCCCGGGAGGACGCCGGCAAACCCGAGGCCCUCGCCAAGGUGAAGAAAAUCUUCAUCGGCGGCCUGAAAGAGGGCGUGGAGGACGAACACCUGGUAAACUACUUCUCCCAGUUCGGUACACUGGAGAAGGCCGAAGUGAUCACCGACAAGCAGACGGGCAAGAAGCGCGGCUUCGGCUUUGUGUACUUUGAAGACAACGACUCUGCCGACAAGGCCGUGGUGCUCAAGUACCACACCAUCAACGGGCACAAAGUGGAGGUGAAGAAGGCUCUCUCCAAGCAGGAGAUGCAGGCCAGCGGCGGCAGGGGCAGAGGAGGGCGCGGAAGAGGACAAAGUAGCUACGGCGGUGGCAGGGGAGGUGGCGGUUACAACAGCUAUGGCGGCGGCUAUGGGGGCAAUGAUGGCGGUUAUGGCGGUGGCUACGGGAGCGGUGGCGGCUAUGGGAGCAGCGGCGGAUACGGGGGCAGUGGCGGCUACGGAGGAGGAUAUGGAGACCAGAUGGGCGGCUAUGGCAACGGAAACGGCUACAAUGACUUUGGCAGCAACUACGGCCAACAGUCCUCCGGCUACGGGGCGAUGAAAGGGGGUAACUACUCCUCCGGCAGAAGCAGCGCACCUUACUCCAGAGGUGGCGGCGGCGGCUACGCCAGGGGGGGCUAUGGAGGCUCCUACUAAAGCGAGGCCUGCGUCGCUCCCGCUGUGUGGCCACACAAAGAAGAGCGGCUCCAUCACCUAGCCGGUAAGAAAUUUAUGAUCCUAUUGGAUUCCCCACAAACAGAACUCAGAACAGUACCACUGUACAUUGAAAUAUCUGGCAGAGUUAUGGACAAUGAACCUCAGCCUUAUCACUAAGAAAGGAGACCUCACAAUUCCAUGCUGGUUCAAAAAAGGUAAUAAAAUCCUUACCAGCAAAACAGACAGACUUCACUUAGAUGGCCACGUCUAACUGUUGCAGUACCGAUUUAAAACAAGUUUAGAUUGCACGUGUUUAUUUUUUAACUUCUUUUUUAUUUCUUGUAAAAGUCCCAGAGUCUGUUCCAAGUUUAUCUGGAUUAGGUGAAAGUAUAUGGUCAUGUUCUAUUCAUUAUUUUAUGAUUCCAUACUUCAAGCAAAUAGCAUGGAUCCUGUUUGGUUAGGCUUUAACUUUUGUAGGUAGAUAUGCCUGUAUAUCUAGUUUUAUUUUCUUUUUAAACAAACGUACUGUAUUUUAAUUUAAGCAUAAGUUAGCCUUGUGGCUUUUUCCCCCUCUAGUCCUAGGAUUCGCUGGGUCAAAUGCAGUGAACGUGAAAAUGUAAUCCUAUAGUACCUUCCAGAGAUGGGGGAGGGGCACAUAAGGAGUCUUCAGAAAUGCAUUUAAGAAUGACUUCAAAUUCACCUCUUUGUUACAUACAGCUAUGAAUGCUUUAGAACUGACACUGUCAGAAUUGUUCCUGGAAUGUGGUAAUGUGUGGGAACGUGCUUUCACUUAACCUCUAAAUGCUGCAACCUAAAUAAAUAAAUAAUUAUAUAUAAUUUGUUGAUAUGCAGGACUUAACGUGCAUUUGUCAUUUCAAAUAUUCUAAAAUAACAUUGUUAUUGCUAUGAAUAGUGUUUUUUUUUUUUCACGCGCUUAAUACAGAAGCGCAAUUCGCUAGAUUUCAUUGUGUGUUUAAUUUCAGGACCUGUAGGAGCUCAUCAAAGUACCGUAGCAAGCAUGUUCACUGCAGUUGACCCGAAGCGUGUUCUAAAUUUUCCAGCAGGGAAUUUUUGGGAGAGGGCAAUGGAGUAAAAGCAAUUCUGAAAUAGGAGCAUGGAAACCAUUCGGCUACAAGUGAUAUCUGGAGCAACUGGUAUUUAUGAAGAAGAGGGUGGGAGCGAGGGAAUGUAGUCUUCAACUCCUAUAGAAAUAAAGCUGUGUUUUUGAGUGAGGCUUUGUUUUGAGGCAUUGUAUGUGGUUAUUAAGUUUUUUUGCAGAUAAUCGUAACACCCCAGAGAAUUCAAACGAGGUGUUCUGGAGGAGUGGUCUCUUUAGAAGACAACAUACGUUUAUUGUCAUGUUUUCCAUUGUGUGAUACACCUGGUGCACGUUUUAACCUCUUAGCAUUGUUAAGUACUGGUGUACAAUUGUAUGUUUCUCUCAACCUUUUUUCUUUUUUCUUAUUAAAUAAAGCAAAAAAAACAAACAGGUUAUCUUACUUUUAUGCUGUAUUUAGUACCCAUCACAACUUAAAUCGACCCGCUUAAGAAACAUAAGAGGUAAGGCUCCUAUGAUCCUUUACACAUUUUAUUUGCAGCAAUUUCAUUUUACAUUGUGGUCUUCAGAUGGUAGCUUUAAUUCUGCUUCUCAAACAUGAAGAGGGGGAUCUCCCCCACCCACCCUGAAGACCAUUAAGGAGACUUCAAGCCUCGUACCUCCCCCAUCCUACCAGGGGCAUAAAUAACACAUUAGUACCCAAACGUUUCUCUACAGUUUUAUCAAAACAAGGCGAAUGGCUUCCAACAUUGAGUAGCACUACCAAUCACAUAGUAUUUCAAAAUAAAUCAAUAAAAAGGUUUCUAUGACCGAUUGACAGCAGGUUAAAUAUAUAUUUUUUUGUAACCUGUCUAUACAGAGUUUAAAACUUUAAUUUGCCAAACCAAUCUGUGGUCAGGGCUUCAGGCUGGAUCUCCAUUGCCUAGAUUCUGGAAUGCCUGCAAUUCAGUUCUUCAGUCUGAAGAGCUGAUGUAACUAUAGGUAAAGUGUAAUAUGGGUGCCUUUUAUUUGUUUUUUAUUUAUAUAUAAGUAUUAUUUUAAACAAUUCAAACUUAUUUAGGAAUACACAUGAUUAUAAAGUUUUGGUUUACCCAAACCUUAUACAAUUUUUUUAUAUCUUAAGUUUAUCAUGCAGGUUUGGUCUCGGUCUCUCAUUUUAGUUUUCACACUAGGUAAAAUCUAAAUUAAUUAAAAAUCGACCUGUGAAGUUGAAGCACCUUUUAAAACUCUUUACAACUUUGUGCCGUCUGUCCCAUAGCUUAAACAUGCAUUCAAACCUGCAAAUCCUGUUUAAAAAUGGGGGUCUGGUUGCUUCCCACUUGCCCUGUAAGAAUGGAGCAAGCUCCAGUAAAGACAGUUUUGCUACAUAAACUUUAUAUACUUCCCACAACUAUAAUAUCCCAUCUCAUAGUUCUAAAACAUGUCCUAAGUGUGUGUUUUCUUUUCUGUGGACUGGCUUGAACUGGUCACACAGCAAUUGAAUUGUGUGUGUUGUUUUUUUGGAUGUUCAAUAUUUUAAUCGGGUGUUCAGCUGGUGUCUAUGUAGGCUUGAGUAAACUACAUAGGAUGCCUUCUCCUGGAAGAAUGGUUGGCUUGUUCUAAGGGUUCUGAUUAUUUCUGAUUCCUAUAUUCAGGUAUUCAUUUUGUAAUCCUGGUACCUCACAAAUAGCUGUAGACGUUUGUUUAUACGGGGACCCUGUUCAGUACCCGGGUUCGACAUUGUGAUAGGACUCUGAAAAGUUUCUCAUUAGGAUCACAACCUGCAAUACUAGGUAUGUAAAAUAAACUCUAUCUAUCUUCACAUCCAUGUUUAUUUGCACCAUGUUUGAGCCCCAGCUGGUUCUGUGCUGUAGUAACUUUCCCAUUACUACCAGCUGUCAAAGACUAUGGAAAUGGGAACUGUUUAUGGUUCCUCAUACCCUACUUUUUAUUCCAACCUGUAAACUAUAUAAGAUCAAUUUUGGUUGCCGCUGGCAAUAAUAAUUUUAGUGUUUUUUUUAAUGAAUGUACUCUGUAGUAUAUGUAUAGAUAAUUCAUGGCAUUAAAAACAAUUGGAGCCUGAAAGUCAAUUUGCCGUGGUAGCCAGUCGGUGCAAAUUGCAGACUACUUCCUGCCGUGUUUGAUAGUUGUUUGACGUGUGUGUUUAUUUAUUUGAACUGUUUUAUUAGAUUUAUAUUAUUGCCAUUAUUUGUAUAAGCAACAUUUUGUAGCCUUUAUUUUUCAGUAUAGUUACUGAAACCGCACAGAAGUGUUUGCAGGGGAUGUAACCAUAUUGUGCAAGGAUAAGCGAGCACAAGCAAGGUUUGUGACUUCUCACGCAUUACUUUAACUUAGUUUGUCAUCACGUUUGAUUUCAAUAGGGUAUACUUUUAUAAUGAAGCUAACAAAAUAUUAUCAAUCAACUUGCUUCUGCAUUUUACCCUGUGUGGGUCAAGUUGUUAAAAUAAAUGAUUCUGGCUAAUGUUUUAUGUGCUGAGAAACGUUUGAUUAAUAAGCAUGUUUUACUAAACAUGUGCUGCCCGUUUGAACUGUUAGUUUGGUGUCCUAAGAUUGUUGUUUUUGUCUCCUCCAGACAGCACCCAGUGAUUGGAUGCUAAUCCCUGGAGAGAUGCGCUCAGGCCCGGUCCAGAGCUGCUAGAGGAAAGACUGCACACACGGGAUUCACUUGUUCAGCGUCUGCUGUUGGUCUCCACAUCCCGUAACUCCCUGAAGUGUGCUGAGGCUGGUCUGCAUGGGCCUGCAGUGCAUCUUUACCCAGCAUCUCUCAACACCGAGGAACUCAGUCCCUAAAGACUUGGCUCGGGUUCAGCACAGGAGUUCACAUCAUUGUUAAACUGACUGUACCAGCGGGUCCUGGAUUAUAACUGUGUUGUGUACAGCACUUUUGGGAAGCUCUUGUAUCGCAUUGUGAAUUAAAUAAAAUCUAUUUUCAAGUA